AUGGAGAAUAAACUAAAUCCUUCGUUUGAUGACGAAGAUAAUAACCCAUUCUCCCAGAAAAAUGAUCAUGAAGAAGAAGAAAGUAUAUUAUUGUAUAAAAGUAAUUCCAAUGGGUCAAAAAUUAAAGAUACUACUAACUCCAUACAGAUCAAUCAUCAAAGUAGAGUGAGUAAUCUAUUGAAACAUAAUUCAAAUGUGAAGAUUCAAAUAACUGAAGCCAAUAAUUCAAGUGAAGGAAUGGUUAAUUCCCUGAAGAAAUAUAUCGUGUAUACUAUAAAAUUGAUUAAUGAUGAUACUAAAGAAGAAAUCCAAAUAAGAAGGCGAUAUAGUGAUUUUGAAAGUCUAAGAGAGAUCUUAACGAAGAUUUUCCCCUUAUUAAUCAUACCUCCAAUACCACCAAAGAAUUAUUUGAACUUUUCUGUGUUAAAUAACUUGGUGAGUUCAAAAAAUAACGGUACCACCAAUAAAAGAGAUACUAAUGAUUAUUCAUAUAUUAAUUCAACACAUUUGAAUUCCAAUAAAUUGAUCGAACAUAGGAAACGUCUUUUGUCCAACUUUCUUAAUAACUGUUUAAGUAUCCCAAAGAUACGGAAUUUGGAGUUCUUUAAUAAGUUUCUUGAUCCAAACACUAAUUGGACUGAUGAGAUUAAUCUAGUUAACAGUCAAUUACCUAAGGAUAUUUACCAUCUGAAUCCAGAAAAUGGUUUGAAAACCGAUGCCAUCUAUGCUAAUUUACCAAAUCCUGUGAGUAAUCAUCCCAUUAGUAUGUCGUUCCUCAAACCUUUACAAUCAAAGAAAUUGACAAAAUUAUUACCUGACCAUACAAAUAAUGGUAAUGGGACUUCUGGUAAUGGGACUUCUGGUCAUGUUACUGCUAGCAAUGGUACCAAUGUUAUUGCUGGAAAUGGCAGUAAUGGUAACCAUGUGAAUGGAUCUGAUGAAGCUGACGAAUCUAAUGAAAACGGAUCGGAAAAUGAAGAUCUUCCAUCUCCCAGCGAUUCUUCUGAUAACUUAGCUCAAGAAAAACCUAUAAAUACUUCAGGUCUCGAUAAAAUCAAUAGGAAAAUCAUGGACAAUUUCAUUGGUGUGGCAUCAGAUUAUACUGAAUUAGGAACAGUUUUCAAUUCUUUCUCCUUGAUACUAUCAGAUGCUCCGAUUGUAAGAGCCAAAAAGUCUGAAGACCAAGAGAAUUCCAAGCUCAAUAUCAUUUUAGAUAAGAUGGGACAAGUGUUUGAUCGUUCUUAUAUCACUAUCAAUGCUUUGAUCAAUGAUCUUGAAACUAAAUUCUCAGAACCUUUAGGUGAGGAAGUUCAAUAUACUUCAAUUUUAAAUUUCAUUCAAAGGUUUCAAUCAAAAAAACUCAAACAAAAACGUCUUUUGGAUUCAGAAAUCAAAGACAAAAAACAGACUUUAGAUGAAUUACUCAAGUCGGAAGAAGAAGGUAAGAGACUUGAUAGUUCACCAAAGAAUGAUGCCAUGGCAAAGAAUAAUCAACUGGAAAUAGAACCCAAAAAGUCCAAGUUGAAAAUGUUUUCAAACAUGAAUUCUAUCAAAAAGAUCACUCAGUACGUCACCGAUAUAAUGGAUCAAAAUCCUGUUGAAACAAGGAAACAAAGAAUCACUGACCUACAAAACAAAAUUGUCACUUUAGAGAAAUGUCAAGGAAUUAUGUUGGAAGAUAUUUCUUAUAUUUCUGAUGAGUUAGGUAAGAACGUAAAAUUAUUCCAUAAUAAACAAUUGAAGGUGAUUUAUGAGAUCUUAUUAUGCUAUAAUGGAUUCUUAGUCAAUUGGGCUAAAAAGAAUAUCGAGAUAUGGGAAGAAAUCAGAGGAGAGAUCAUUAGUUUAUAG